UCAGCGCGAGCCACAGUGUAGACAAGAAAGCACAGAGUGUCAACAGUGUGACAGCGAGUGCAACCACAGAAGGAAAAAAAAAAAAAAAUAAAAAAUAAAAUAUAAGACUUGAGUAACGGAGCCGGUUUCCAGUGUGCGCUCCAGCACCAUGCUCGUGCCUACGCUCGCCUUGAACUGCACGUUAUAUUCUUAAGCUUAAGGGUUUCCAGUUGCUGAGUUAAGUUGUUUUUGGCAUGGCCCAGAGCAGGACAUGGGAAAUAAGGAAUAAAACAAGACAGGGUGUGCUGUUAUAGGAAAAUAAUCAACUUCAUCUGUGGUGGUGUACAAACUCCUCUGCCCUGAAGACAGUGGGCUGCUUCCUCUCCUUUCUUUGUCUCCGUUUCACAACACGUCACUGCCGCCUAAGGAUAGAAGCUAUGGCACCAUCUUCCCUCAGCUCUGUUGUUUUCCUCCUAUCCUUGUGCCUCCUCCUUUCCCUCCUUCCAUCCUGCACUCCAGAGUCUCAAAGAGAGGAAGAGCUGAACAUUACUCCCACAGUGCAGGAAUCAUACGAUAAUUUGUUGUCCACUAAUGCCAGUUCGAAGCGCUGUGGUGAGGUGGUGGAGUGUAAACCUGGUAUCAUCCUGCCUGUGUGGAAGCCUAACAACCCUGGACUCGGAGACAAGAUUGCCCGUGCCGUUGUCUAUUUCGUCUCUCUGAUGUACAUGUUCCUGGGUGUGUCAAUCAUCGCAGAUCGCUUUAUGGCGUCCAUUGAGGUUAUUACAUCACAGGAGAAAGAAGUUACGAUCACUAUGCCCAGUGGAGAGACGACGGUGGCUACUGUACGCAUCUGGAAUGAGACCGUGUCCAACUUAACACUAAUGGCACUGGGCUCCUCCGCUCCUGAGAUCUUACUGUCUGUCAUCGAAGUUUGCGGGCACGGCUUUGAAUCAGGUGACCUCGGUCCCGGCACGAUCGUCGGCAGCGCCGCCUUCAACAUGUUUGUGAUCAUUGGUAUCUGUGUGUGGGUGAUCCCUGAUGGAGAGGUGAGGAAGAUCAAACAUCUGAGAGUCUUCUUCAUCACCGCCUUCUGGAGCAUCUUUGCAUACAUAUGGCUUUACCUUACACUCGCCAUCAUCUCACCUGGAAUUGUCGAGGUUUGGGAGGCCCUGGCCACUCUGUCCCUCUUCCCAGUUUGUGUAAUUUUGGCCUGGAUCGCUGAUCGCCGUCUCCUCUUCUACAAAUAUAUGUCUAAGCGUUAUCGUGCUGACAAGAGGACGGGGGUUGUCGUGGAGACAGAAGGGGAAAUAUCCCCUAAAGGAGGGGAUAUGAUCUUGCGUGGGAAGUUUCCACCAAGUGCGUCAGCCGGAAUUAUUACCCUGGAACACUGCCAGGAUGGGCCUAAUAACAGCGCAGGCACCAUGGCAACCCUGCUAAAGUCCAGCAGCGCCACCAUUAACAUGGAAAGUACAAAAGAACUGGAUGAGAGCCGCAAAGAGGUUAUUCGUAUACUGAAGGACCUGAAGCAGAAGUAUCCCAAAAAAGACCUGGAUCAGCUAAUGGAGCUCGCAAACUAUUACGCCCUGCUGCACCAGCAGAAGAGCCGCGCCUUCUACCGCGUCCAGGCCACACGCAUGAUGAUAGGAGCGGGCAACGUGCUGAAGAAGCACGCGGCCGAUCACGCACGCCGGACAGCCGCGAAAGAUGUCGAUGUAUCCGAGCACGACGACUACGCCACAUGCAGCCGCAUCGCAUUCGAGAGCAGCCACAGUCAGUGCAUGGAGAACUGCGGCACGCUGAACUUAGCUGUGGUGUGCCAGGGGGGAACCGGCGAGAACACCUUUUACGUGGACUACCGCACGGAGGAUGGCACAGCCAACGCAGGUUCGGAUUAUGAGUACAGCGAGGGGACGCUGGUGUUUAAGCCGGGAGAGACCAGGAAAGAGAUAAAGAUAGGAAUAAUAGAUGAUGAUAUCUUUGAGGAGGACGAGCACUUCUUCGUGCGUCUGCUAAACCUGCGAGUCGGCGACGCAGAAGGCAUGUUCGAAAGUGACGAGGCCGGCCAGGCGCCCAAGGGCCGGUUAGCGGAGCCGCUGGUCACCACUGUGACCAUUCUCGAUGACGACCACGCAGGCAUCUUCACGUUUAGCGAGCACAUUUUGCGUGUGAGCGAGAGUGUUGGCACCAUGGAGGUGACGGUGGUGAGGAACUCAGGUGCCCGUGGAACUGUGAUCCUGCCCUACCACACAGAGCCGGGAACAGCCCAGGGAGGAGGCGUCGACUACGAAGAUGCAUGCGGAGAGCUGGAGUUCACCAACGACCAGACCACGCAAACCAUUCAGAUUAGGAUCAUUGACGAUGAAGAAUAUGAGAAGCAUGAGAACUUCUACAUUGUCCUUGAGGAACCACAGUGGAUGAAGAGAGGAAUCUCUGCUCUGCUGCUCAAUCAAGAGGACCAGGAAGGGCAGCUCAGCGCUGAGGAAGAGGAAGCGAAGAGAAUAGCUGAGAUGGGGAAGCCGAUUCUGGGUGAGCACAGCAGACUGGAGGUGGUCAUCGAGGAGUCCUAUGAGUUUAAGAGCACAGUAGAUAAGCUGAUAAAGAAGACUAACCUGGCCCUGGUGAUUGGCACCCAUUCCUGGAGGGAGCAAUUUGUGGACGCGGUGACAGUCAGUGCAGGAGAUGGAGAAGAUGAAGUAGAGGGACGCGAGCAUCCGCCUUCCUGCUCUGACUAUGUCAUGCACUUUCUGACGGUGUUCUGGAAGGUCGUGUUUGCAUGCGUCCCUCCCACCGAGUACUGGAACGGAUGGGCGUGCUUCAUGGUGUCCAUCACUGUCAUCGGCAUUCUGACAGCCAUCAUCGGAGACCUGGCCUCCCACUUCGGCUGUACCGUGGGGCUCAAGGACACGGUCACGGCUGUGGUGUUUGUAGCUCUGGGGACCUCCAUUCCAGACACAUUUGCUAGUAAAGUGGCUGCUACCCAGGACCAGUAUGCCGAUGCAUCCAUUGGCAACGUCACUGGCAGCAACGCCGUCAACGUCUUCCUGGGAAUUGGUGUCGCAUGGUCAGUCGCUGCAGUCUACUGGUCAAUAAAAGGCGACAGUUUUAAAGUGGAGCCAGGCUCCCUGGCCUUCUCCGUCACCCUCUUCACUAUUUUUGCCUUCAUCUGCAUGGCUGUUUUGCUCUUCCGGAGACGGCCGUCCAUCGGGGGUGAGCUAGGAGGUCCUCGAGUUUCACGCCUCAUUACCACAUUGCUGUUCUUGGGUCUGUGGCUUCUUUACAUUCUCUUCUCCAGCCUGGAGGCCUACUGCCACAUCAAGGGCUUCUAAAUCUUCUGGGUCAUAUACAAAAAAAGGAUUUGCAAAUCAGAUAUUUACUACAAACUACACACCAUAUAGACGGCUCAGAUCAAAAUAUACCAAGUACCAAGAUAAGCUUGGUGAAUUACAAAGCUUUCUGGAGCACUUUCUGAAGAUGAAAAGAAAAAAAAAAUUAAAAGAAAGUUGCACACAAAUGCUAAGAGAACACAAGACACACAAAAACGCAUGAAGAAUGCUUAAAUUGCCCACAUUUAUUACAUAAAACUUUGAGAGAAUAAACAAACUUUGAACUUGGGGUCUUGUGAGCAAAGAUGGAAAUGAAAAAGGCAUUGAAUAUAACAGAAAAUGGUAGCUAAGAUACAGUAUGUUAGCUCUCCCGUUUAUAUGUACAAACCAAAAUGCGAAAACAACCAGAAUUACAUUCUCACUGUCAUUUCAAGGCAGGGUAAAAUAUUAAUUUGGUAUAUUUGGUAUAAACUAUACUGGUAUUUUUUGUGUAUGAAGGGGUGUAUUCAGAUUUUCUGACUUAAGUUCAAGUGACAUUAGUAUUUACGUGGGGAAAGUUACUCGUAUUCAGAGCCGUUUUACGCACAUGGUGAAGUCGAUUUUGUGGGUGUGUCAUUCCGAUGUCAUGUAUGCAAAUCUGUCUUGAGUAGAAGUAUUAAGACCACCACCUUUACACACAAACACUUGCCUUUAAGCCUCCAAAAAAAAAAAAAAUCAGGGAUAGAAAGUGCAGACUCAAGAAGCAGAACUUUGCUGUUACUGUAAAUUGAAGUAACACAAUUUAACGAAGUCACAACAUUCUCAAUCGAGGACAUGAAACCGCCAAAGUGUGCAUGGGAUAGAAUCGAUUUUACCAAGCUUUUAUUCCACUAUUUUGAUUUGUCAAAUUAAUCAAAUAAAGCCAUUGUUUAUGUUAAGUCGAUAUGCUCUCCCGUAAAGCAGACAUGCCCACAGUUUGAAGGAUAAGCUGACCAAGCACUAAUCUGCUACGCUUAUGGCUCACUUUAAGUAAAUGUAUUUGAUAAUUGUAAACAAAAAUAUUUGGUCAUUAAGAUAAGCAGUGUCAAAGAUUAAGAUGCUGACUCCUCUUAAAUUACAGCCCAAAACAAAUUUCAGCAUGACAUAUUGUGACUACAUCAAACCGUCAGACAGAAGCACUGGAUUCAACACUGCUCCUCGCGUGAGCUGAUAUCCUGCAAGAAAAAUGCACUUAUUAAAAUUCUAAUUCAAAAUUACGCUUAACUAUGAAACUCCUCUGUUUUCGGCAAACUCCACCAUGCAUGCCCAACUCUUGUGUAACUUCCCAAGUCUGAAUACUCGUGUGCAAUUUUUAGUAUAACUGGAAUUAAACUCUGAAUAUGGCCCACAAUCAAUAAAAACAAAUCCUUUUAAAAAAACAUAUGAUAUAAAGCCCUAAUUAAAACUGCUUAAAGAGAAAAGAAAACCAAGGAGUCAUGGUCAUCCACCAGGAUCCACGGUUGAAGGAAUGAAGGAAUUAUGAACUACAAUAAUGUAUAAACUAGCAGUACUCUACUUUCCAGACAAUAAGCCCCGCCCCACUCCACCACCUAGCGUAAAAACCCCUCAUUUAUUGUAUGGUUGAGUCACUUUAUUGUAUAUUUUGCAUAAAUGUAUCAGGAAAAUUUGAUACAUAAUGUUAAAUAUAAUAGUACAUAAUACAUAAUGUACUACUUCUCAAAAGGUAUGUCAGAGACUCCUAUUAGGCAAGUUAGUUUUUAUCCCGUUAUAAGUGUACUGCUGCAUUACAGUCUUAAUAUAAAUCUGUGUGUCUGUAUUCAGAUUUAAACCCAAAGUGGUUUAAACUAUGUGCCUGGUAAGACUGAACAACAAAACCAAACCAAACCCAGAGGUAGAAAUGUUAGCGCUGUGAGAAUGGUCUGUGAAUUCUGGCUCUGACAGUUCCUCAACCUCAGCUACAUCACUCCAGUUCAUAACUGGUCUCAAAUACAGAUGUAUAAGUGGGACUAUUUUUUUUUUUUUUUAAAUUCCAUAGUUAUUGUUUUUGUUUGUUCCUGUGAGCGAAUUUAGUUGGUUGUAUUUCCCAAAACAUAUACAAAUUAUUAGUCUAACUUAAACCACUGUGACCCUGACCAGGCAGUUACUAAGGAUGCUGUAACAAGGAUCGAGAUGGUCAUUGCUAAACACUGAUUUUGUGUUCUCAUGACCAUUUUUUUUGUAUUUAUUUGAUUAUUUGAAGUUAGUGUUCAACAGGUAGUUUUGAAACUUCACAACCCUGAAAAAUGACCUACACCUUGGGUCUUUGGGUUCUUCUUUACUCCAACCCCCGUGUUGUUAUGGAGUCAGAAUGCUCAUGUGUCCUCUUACUGAAAAAUUAACUGGUCAAGAUUUUGGAAUUUUUUAUUCAGUGCUUAAUGGUAUGUUUAACUGCUUAUGUGUUUUUAUAAGCAUUACCCGACUCAUGCAGCUCAGUAAUCAUCUGUUAUUUUUGUACUGAAAACAGUUAGCUAAAUCUAAUAUUUAUAUUGAUAUUUAUUUUUAGGUGUGUCAGUUUUGAGAGCCGAUGCUAUUAAAAAAAGAGGGAGGAUCUUUAUGCUGGUCUUAUAGUUUGGAAAAUACAAAAUGUCUAUAAACAAUGUGUUGCUAAAUGUUCUAAGACUAGAACACGCUAACAAACUGCUCUUCAUUGCGUGACAGCUUGCUCCAGUGUCAGUUCAGUGUGUUUUGUAGUCUUAAGAACCACAGAAGUUAAUUUUACAGCCAUCUGCUCACAUUAGAAUGUUGUUUUGAGUUGUUGCACAUUUAAAUUUUGCAAUUUCUACAUUCUGAGUUCUGAGCGUUGAGGCUUUUGAACUGGUGUAGAAAGACUUGGGAAACUUGGAGCGGUCUUUUAUGAAUACUACUGUACCUGAAUUGUGUAACUGAAGUUUAGUGUUCUUCCUGUAACAUAAACCUGUGCAUGGCAAUGCUAUUUCAAACACUUUGAAUUCAUAAAACAGUUCAAACCAGUUGUGGCUUGUCUAUAGGGGCAGAUAGUCCAGAACCCCACCAUAAACAAGUCCUCAUUCACAAGUCCAUACAUUUUAAUCUCUACUGAAAUGCUAAUUACCGCUUUUGAGAGACCAAAUAUUUGUUGAUAUUUGACAGAUACAAGCUGACAUUCCAUUGAUUUGGUGAUCUUUCUACAUAGAUGUUUGCUUACUGCCCCAUUUAGCAGUUAUUGCACCUAGUGGUCAAAAAUUGGAACUGCAACAAAUGCUAACGGGCCCAUUUGAGCAGGAAUCACGCAGGGAAUAAAAGGGUUGCCAGGGUCAAGUUUUUUUUUUAAAUGCCAAAUAGAGAUAGUUUAAAAAUACUCUGCCGCCAAGAGCCAUUUCUAUUUUAAGAUAUAUUGCAAAGGGGAGACACAUUGACCUUGUUUCCCAUGCAAAGGCUGAGAAAAAGAAGACAAAGUUAGGCUUGUUUCAGGUCUUUUGUGUGGUUUUUGAGAUGUAGUUGGGCUGGAAAUUUAGCUGAAACCUGCCAAACCUGGUUAAAGAUAUUAGCUCUUCUGUGUGCACCUUGUAGAUGAUGAGAAACAGACCUGCUGUAUGGAACACAGUUGAACAAAGGUACAUCUAAAACCACUCAAAUGGUUGCCAUUCUGAGAACACUGGACAUGAAUUGGGGAAUACCACAUUGUGCACCAUGCACACACAUUCCCACACCCACUCAUAUCUAGGUGCAAUUUAGCAUAGCUAAUCCACCUACUGGCGUGUUUCUGGGAGGUAGCCCACGUGGAAUAAAGCCGAACACACAUGUUCAUUCAUUCAUCUUCAUUAACAGCUUUGUCUUGAGCAGCGAUGCAGUGGAUCCAUCACUGGGCACCAUGCACACAUUGACAUUCACACACUCCCAGGGGCAAUUUGGCAUAGCCAAUCUGUGUUUUGAAGCUGUGAGGUGGGACAGCUACCUGCUGCACCACAUAUUUUAGUAAGGAAUGUAGAGGGAUUAACAAUUGCAGUGUAGUACGCAAACUGCUCUGUGCACUACACUGAUUUUGCAUUUUCAUGGAUUCCAGUCCCGGCACUGUUAAGCAUGAUGAAUCAUUAAUGUAGGAUGUAAUAAGUGGGGUAUUGAUUGGUCCAGUGUCUCAGUUUUUGUUCUAUUAUAAAAGCACUCAGUAUCAGGACUUAGUAUUGUGUAUAAAGCAAGGUUAAAAAAAUCUAUUCUUCUGUCUAUUCUUGUGUGUAAUGAACGGUGUGCUAGGCUAAGCUCCAAGCCAUGCUCUUGGCAGUCUUUAUUCUCUGUGCAAGACUAGGCUUUACCCGUGUUGUAUGUUUGGUCGUGUUUUAUCUGUUGAGUAGUUACGCAUAAAGAUGCAUGUACAGUAGGAGUACUAUUUGACAGAACUUGAAAGACAUGCAUGGGUGGUUGUAUAAAAUGUACAGUGCUUUAAUUUAGUUCAGUAGACAAUAUGCACUGCACCAGAGUACAGGUUCUAUGACUCGAAGGCAAUCUGUCUAGUAUAUACCUCUAAAAUGGCAGAUAUAACAGAUAUAGCAGUUUUGGAAUCAGUACACAGUCAUAAUUACAGCCUCUGUUAUGCCUUGACUUUUUCCACAAUUAGAUCCAAGUUUAGCAUGGUGCAUGUUAUGGUGGCUUGAAAAUGUAUUCAGCCUGCAUUUGUGAUAAUAUCAAUGUCUCCCCCCCCUCUAUUUGUGAGUCCUUGUGUUAUGUAAAAGAAUAAUUUAUGCAUAUUUAACAAAUAUUUUCCGCCUCUGUCAGUGCCACCUUGGGCAUCAGUAUAGCAAUAAGUGUAUUUGAAUACAUCUUUUUUUUUUUUUAACUUUAAACUCAAAGCAAUAUUUGUCCAUUAGUCCUUAAAGCUGGGUCAAGUUAUUCGGGUGACGUGAUAGAAAGUCUUGUCAGAAAUUGUCAACUGAAGGGUAUAUUUAAGAAAAAAAAAUUUGGACACCGUUAAGACAUUCCAGUGUUGCUUUUGCAGUGUGCUUUGGAUGAUUUUCUGCUGAAAUACAAAUUUUGUUUCAGAUUAAAGAUUUUGAGUUUAGCAGCUGUUAGAUAACAGAUUCUCUGUGAUGACUGAUUUUCAGGCAGAACUAUUUCUGUGUAACCCAACCUAAAUAGAGUUAGGAUUUAGUGCUGUAUUACUGUGUUUUUUGCCAAAUUUGCCACUUAACCUCCUCCUGCACGAGUUGCUACUGCCUCCUCCGCUGUGCCUCUGUUAACCACCUCCAGUGAACAUGACAGAUGCAGAUGGCCUUUGUGUUAUCCAAGUUAUCUGUAACAACUUUACCUCUUUGCCUCUUUAUACAAAUUGCCCCAUGCCUGCUUACACUACAGCUGUUGCCAAUGACCCAUUGGGGAUUCUCCACCUUCUAGAUGACUCUCAUUUCUCAUCCCUCAUUUCUUUCCAAUUGCAGGCCUUUUCACCUUGAUCUUAGCCUUCCAUCAUCUUGACAUUCCCCCUCUCUUUGGAAGAGACUAGGGGCCCCUUUACCAUGCUGUAAUUGUUCAUGCAUUAGAUCACUGUCUUCUUUCAGACCUCCCAACUGGAUUGUCCUUUCGUUAUCUUACAUCCUCAGAUGCCCCCAAUACACCAAAGUCUUCCCCCUCUGGUCCACCUCAACUGUGUGAUUUGCAUUAUACCACAUUAUACCAAUUUCCUAGUUUUGCUUCGUUAUCUGGGAAAUUCAUGUUUGGUUCCUUCAAGUUCAGCACUUGAACAGUAUCUCAUUCAUCAACCAGCAUGUUCUGCUGCCCCUUAACACUCUUUACAGAUACUGCUUUAUCCGUUCCCGUUGUGCAAUUUCUUCCACGCUAUUAUUGCUUUCCUUCCUUGGGUGUAUACUUAGACACAUUCUGAUAACUUCGUAGUUAUCCACGUCAAUAAUGGACACUCCACCACAUCCCUAAGCCUGAAGCCUUUUGUUGGUCAUCAAACUUGCCAGCAGUUACCAGUUAUUCCAUUUACAUAGGGAACUGAAUAUAUAGUUAUUUCUAAUAUUGACCUGUACCUGGCUUACUCAAAAGUUCAGAAGAAUUUCAGAACUUUGUUACCUUAAGGUCCUUAUUCAAGAGCCCAGCUCACAAUCUUCCAAUCAACAGCCCAGAGAUUAAACCACUGAGCCUUCACUGUCACCCUUCAAACUUUUGCCAGUUCAAAUUUGGCAUUUACUUCUCUAUCAUAUGGAAGAAUCCCCUCAUGCAUUUGUUUCCACAGAAACCAUCUUUCUUCUUGCCUUUAAAGGCAUUGCCCUUAAACCAACUUUAAAUGCAUGUAAACCUUCAUACCAUCCUUGCUUCUCAAAUCAUACAGUCCUUCCUCCAGUUCAGAACCUCACAAAGCACUCUAUGGUCUGGCCUUUCUCAAAUUGGCUCCAUUGUUGCCCAUCACUGAUUUCAGAGCCAUCUCCCCAACAAGUUGGGGCAAAUUUCCGAAAGUCUUGUUCGGGAUUAGUGCAGUGUCCUCAGCAUCCAGGCAAGGACUUCUCGAAGGUACCUUCUCACUCCUUGAGUGUUGGUCUUCUGAAGUGCUUCAGACUCACCCUGUCCAACGUAUUGGGCAUUAAUCUGUCCAAGCAUACAACAGCUAUAUCCUAGACCUUAGACUAUCCCAUGAGCCUAUAAAAGUCUCAUCAAUUUAACUAUAUUAAAGUUCAGGAGUCUGGCUUUCUAGCAAAAAGCAGGAUUCACAGAGAAAUCCUCAUACCAUUAAUGGCUGCAUGGUCUACACUCACAAAAUAGAUAAAAGACCUUGAAAAUCUACCCCCCUCUUAGCUAGCUUCCCCUAUAAUACCAUAUACCCCUUCAGUUUCCUGUGACAAAAUUUUUUUCCCAACCCUGGUCUUGCAGUACCCCCUAUCCUGCACAUUUAUUGUUGUCCCUGCUCCCAACAUACCUGAUUCAACCAGCUGAUAACCUCUUGUUGAGUUGAAGUGGGUGUGGUACAGCAGGCAAAACACUCAAAUGUGCAGGAUAGGGGUACUCGAGGACCCGUGUUGGGACCCCAUGUCCUACUACCCGACAUAUCGCUUGUAGGUGUGGUUGGCACUUGCAAAAUGGAUUGGUCUUAGCAAUAGCAAUGAUUAGUGUUUCUCUAUAAUCUUGUUCUGCCUGUCCUGAAAUCUCUUUCAUACUAAUUUUCAGGUUUCAUUUGGAACUCGAAUGAAGAGCGUUACAGGUACAGCUAGAAAAAUUCAACAAAUUGGGACUUCUAGGGUAAUGCCUUCCACUUAGAACUGUCACUCUGAUUUUUUUCUGUUCUGUUCCUAUUUAAUUCAUUCAUUCAUCUUCAGUCACUACUUUAUCCUGGUCAGGGUUGUGGUGGAUCUGGAGCUUAUCCCAGUAAUACCAGGCACAAGGUGGGAAUAUACCAUGAAUGGUGUAGUCCAUUGCAGGGCACCAUGCAUACACACAUUCACACCUAGGGGCACAUAGGCAUCCACACACAAUCCACACACUGGCAUAUUUUUGGACAGUGGGACGAAGCCGGAAAACCCGGAGGAAACCCACAAAUACACUGACAUAACAUGAAUUUCUGCACAAACAUUUACCCAAGCUCAGGAUCGAACCCCCGGAGCUGUGAAGCAGUAAUGCUACCAGCUGUGCCACUGUGCCACCAGUGCUGUUUACGUUUUCAUAAAAGGCAAAAUCCACAUUCUAAUCUUUAAGAGCACAUUCCUUUUAUAGCCAGUUGAUAAUGUAAACCUUUACAAAUACAAUUUUCAUUAAAAAAAUUUGCUGUCUAGGGCUCUUGAGUGGUGCAACGGAAAAGUAUUUGCCCUAUUGUUGGGAAAUCGCAAGCUUGAAUCCUGAUGAUGUCACAGCUAUCCGUGGCCGGGUUAGUAGCUGUCGUGAGAUAGCGGAGAGCUGGCUAAUGGAUGGGAAUGGACAGAUGACCAAAUUGGGGAGAAAAUGGGGGAAAAUAAAACAAAAAAUGGAAAAAACAGAUAUCUACUAAAAAAACAAACAAACAAACAAACAAAAAACACAUAUGCCCUAAAAGAUUGUUUCUCCUUUCUAGGCACAUAGUCAUUUUUUAGCCCCUUAAUGGCAUUGUAGCUUUUUCAGUGCUGUUAUGCUGUAACCUAUGUAUUGAGCACACUACUAUAUAUAGAGAAAGCCAGAAAGCCAUUUAGAAUUCACCCUGAAUGUGUUGAGGCACUAUAAUUAUUUGCCGUUGUUGUUUGCUUUAUGGUUGUCUGGACCCUUCAAGUGUUUUAGCAUUUUGUGUUGCAGAAAACUGCUGCUGCUAGUAGAUUAUUACAUCAAUCUCCCCUGCGUUUUCUUGUCUUAUUUGUCGUGGUAGGCAUGUCUGAGGUUUUAAGGACAUUUCAAACCUUGAAAUCUUAAGGAGUAGAAUGACUUUUUGUACUGAAAAUGAAACAUGCCGUAACUCAUACAAGUGUUUAAAGUGCCCUUUAACGUCAAGGGUUUUAUAAGAACAUUUUAAGCUUUUCCUUUUAGGUAAUAAUUAUAUGUUAAGGUUGAGAUGUUUUUUAUAAAAAAAAAAUGUCACCAAUAUUGAAUUGUAUUAUUGAAUUGUAAUAUAAAAAAUGUAACCUGCCAAAUUCACGAAGCCCAUUUAUCAAAAAAUGAUCACGUCAUACUGUAGCUUGGCGCGUAAAUUACGAUCAGUUCAAACAGACUGUUAUUAAUUAAAUGAAAUCCUUUUUGUUUUGGUUUGUUUAUUUCGGGUAUGUUUGUGUGACUUGAUUAUUGCCAUAGGGACUCGUUUUAUUAUUUUUUUAUGUGUUUUACUUGUGUAAUGUACCAGCACUGUGUUAUAGGUUCUGCUAUUUUUCUCUGGACACAACAGGAACCCAAAUGGAUCGAGACAACAAGUGCAAUAUAAAACCUGACUUUUUUUUUUGAGGGCAUGUACAAAACUAUUAAUAGAAAAAAAAAGUCAUCCCAAAUGCAAUAAUUAUUCAUGUGUUCAUUGGCCUAGUUAAACAAAUUUACAGGUUUGUAGAUGGAUGUCAGCCUUUAUUAAGUUUACCAAAGUCACGUUUAAUUUAUUUCCCUUAAUGUCAUGCUUUGUAUUACAUGUUUAUAUAGAUUUCUAACCCUUUAAAUACGCAUUUUCCAAUUUUUAUGUGUCUUUAAAUUUUAGAGGUCAUGUAAUGGAAGUAAUGGUUUUGAUUGAUAUUUCUGAGAUAUUUAGAUACACUUAGUAUGUUGACUUGCUUAAAAAGAAACCAUAGUGUAAAAUUGAACUGAAAACUAUAUUAUUCUGUUUGUAUAAAUCUCUAUAUCUCUCGUUCUUGCGUGCACACACACACAUACACACACACACACAUAUCGAGCAACUCCAGUAAUUUUCCUUGUUAGUAAUUUCUACAGGAUUUGUAGAUUUGUAUGGGCUGGAAAAAUAUUUCCAAAUCUGUUCUAUAAAAAAAAUCUGCUUUUUUCUAAUAUCAAUUAAUUAAUCCUGUUCAUAAAACACAAUUUAUGAUACACUUAGCCCCAAAGGCUAUUUGAUUCUUGAAAAAAAGUUAUUCAAGUUAUACAAGUAUGUUCCAUGUUCCUUCAUAGCUGUUUUUUUGUCUAUUAAAGGUGUUUUGCAGGGUUCAUUCGUGUGAAUUAAAGAAUGUGAGAGCAUGGGUCUCUUAGCUCCAUGCGUUGUUUAAAUGUACUGCCUUAAAUGUAAUGUUUCAGUCCACUAAGUCAUCUGGCAUUUGAUGUUACUAGAAAUGUGUUUGCACUGUGCUGUUCUGCAUGUCAUAGAUGUGCAAAAAAGCAUGUCCAGUUUACGUGCAUGAUCCGUUUUCUGUGUUCAUGUUUAUUUUUCUUGUUUUCUGAGAAAAAAAAAAAUAUCUGAAAAGCAGUUCUUAAUGCUUUUAUAUGGUUACCAUUUAAGAAUAAACAAAAAAAAUGUUGUGAAAAGUAA